AUGAACGACUCUCCGCAACGAACUCCGAAUAUUCCGAGAUACCCGAACGCGCCGAGAACGGAGGCUGUAGCAACUCAGCCGCCAGAUCUGAAGAGCAUACUGCGCCCAUGCCAAACAUGCAUCAAGCGCGGUCACUCUGACCUCUGCUUCUACGACCAACCUCGGGCGUCAUCCAGUCCAACUCCGCAACCUCACCAACCAGAACUACAGGCUACAACAGGCACUAGCCACGGUAGCAACAAUGCAACACAGCCUAGGCGCCCCAUCAGUCGCGAUGGUAGUGUAUCUAACGCGAGUCCGUCCUUGCUAGGUGACAACUCCAUUAUCUCGGUAGCACGACCAGAUACUACCCAACCUCAUGCCAACAAUGAGCGUCGCACCGCGUUUGAAACAGGAAUUCUUCCUCUUCUCGGUAUGGAUGGCGCUUCCGAUGGCGGACGUGGCACCCCUGCAGGACGCUUAGAAACGACCCUGGCUGUUGACCAAGACAUGAUUUCUCUGUUUGGCUUCUAUCGAGAUCGAGUUCACCCUUUUCAGUUCGUCCUUGACGAUCUCACCGAGAUCGAGAAGCUCAUAUGUUCUCUGCUGAAUCACGAAGUGCAAGCACAUCAGAUGGACAACCACAGCCUUUGUCUUCUCCAUGCUAUAAUGGCGGCUGGGGCUCAGUUCUCGGAUUUACCGAUUGCUACACGACUAUCCAAGUCCAGUCAAAAUUUGCAAUCCGCUCUCAAGUAUUUGGGGUCAUUUGAUCUGUUAUGGAAUCCUUCCAAGAGACUGGUCCAAGCAUUGCUCAUUCUUGGUCAUGUUUUACAAAAUAACAUGAAUCCUCGUGCAGCUUGGAUCCUAGGUGGCACCACGGUUCGAGUUGCGCUAUCCGUUGGCCUCCAUCAGCCUAUUAACCACUGUGCUCUUCGUCUCUCGCCUGCAGAAGCGCAGCAGUUAAGACCCCCAGCAUCCCAUGAAAUGGACCUCGUUUCAGACCUCCCAGCUCUGGUAUCGCUAGAUCCAACUAGCCAGCGUCUUAACUACCGACAGGCUAUGAACUGGCUAUGCCACCUGAGCUUCAGACAUCUCCCAAGACUCCCCCAGACAGAACCGGUCAGGAACUAUGGCCGGCUCUUUCAUGACUUCGACGAUUAUGAGUCUUCUCUAGCUCGUCAUCUACAAGAUUCGCAGUCCUCUACUUCGAUCCAAGAGCUACAGGAACAUUACAGCCUGAUUGUACACCGCUACUUUCUUCUCUCUACCCUCUGCCGCCCUGUACUAUCCUCACAGAACAAAGGAAAGUUUAGUGAAGAAGAAUCGUCUGUGAUCUUGAACCACUUUCAAGGCGCUUUGAAACGAAGUGUUAGUGCUUUCAUCAAGCUACGCUCAAUCUCGAAUCUUGCAACACGCUCAUGGGCCUUCGUUCACAAUGGUCUUGCAUCAGCUCUCUUGUUGAGCUUUAUCCGGCAAGGGUCUGACGCUCAAGAUCAAGAUUCCCAAGAAAUACUAGCUGAGCUAGUAAAAACGCUAACUGAGCGCAGCGACGAUGUUGGGCAGUUCUCUGCGGCGCACAAGAAAGCUCUCAGGGCGAUUCAAGCUCUACAACGAUCGUCAGUGGAGGAGACCAGAUGCCAAAGUGAGAAUUCAUCGCAAGAACAUCAUCCGAUAGCGUUUUCUUCAGAAAACAUGACUAUUUCACCAGAGCACUUCGGUAAUACUCAAGAACAAAGUAUGGCCAACCUGGAUGAUUGGCUUCGAGACUUUGACUUUGACGCAUUCUCUCCCCUUGAAUCAUACAAUUUCAUCAUGUCGGACCAGGUACCACAAGAUUUCGGUCUCUAG